GAGCUGGGCUGAGUUGCUAGGUUGGCACCAGCUGCUAAUGGCCCCUGCAGCUUCAGACCUGCAGCCGUUGCAGCUUGUGCCGAUCGCAUCAGCGGAGCGGGGCUGGGACUGGUCAGCGAGCGGGAGACCUGCAAGGGGAAGCCAGGGGCUGCCCACAUGGGCCCAGGCUCGGUCAGCCUCAUCCCCCCUGCUCAGCGCCUCCUGCUGGAGCCCCCCUGGAUUUCCCUCCCGGCCUGAGCAGCUGCCCUGGCAUCACGCCCCGCGCUGCGGCCAUGCUGAGCAUCACUGGAUCCCUGUGACCAGGCCUCUGGCUGGGGAACGGCCCGGCACUCGGCUCCCAGUGACUCAGGCCAGCGUCUCAUUGGCACUGAGCCCCCUGACCCCUCACUGCCAGUGGGAAGGGGCCUUGCCAUGAAUGGGAGUGCCCUGGGGACCCGAUCUCAGGCCCUUGCACACUGGAGAUAACAGGGGCCUUAGUGUCCUGAGACCCCGGCCCUCAACUCCUAGCGUGACAGGCUCUCCAGUGAAAUAGACAGAACCAUCCAAUAUUGCAGGAGCCGUGUCCGUUUCAGACCCACCCGCUGCCCCUCUCAGCCCUGAGCAAGCCCAUGGGAGGAGCCUUCCCCAACCCGGCACUCUGGGCUUGCACUGACCGAAGGCAACAUGAUCCCUCGCCCAGAGCCCGGCUGGGUGUAGCCCGGCGCUCAGAGUGACGCACCCUGUGGGGUUUAGGGAACUCGGCUGCUUUGAGCUCACUGCGCGACUUACCACAAAAGGAAAGAGCGUCUCGUGGGGGAAGUUGCAGAGCUGUGGGGUGGGUCAUUUCUCUGCAGCCCCUCGGCACCAUCAGGGAUCGGCCAUUCAGCCAGACCCUGCCGGACAGUCCGCUCCGGCUCUGGGUCUGUUCGGUCAGGACACCCGUUAUACGGACUGACGGCCGCCCGCUCUGCCUGCCCCUCGCUGUCAGGAUGGACGGGGCUCGACGGCCUUCCCUUCUCUUCCUCCUGCUGGUUUUACAGCCCGGCGAUUGUAAAGAAAUGGAAGUGGCUGCAAUUGCAGGGGAAUCCGUCCAGUUACAGCCAGUGAAAUUGCCGGAGCCUUGGACAGAAAUGACCUGGGAGGUCACACUAGACUCAGCAGAGAUGUAUCGGAUCGUAACAUUUAAUAAAGGGGAUCCCCCUGACCUUGGGUCAUCCCCAUAUUUUAUCAACAGAGUCACUUUCCACCCUGAGAAUCUCUCACUGCAGAUUGAUCCCGUUAAGAAGUCAGACAGUGGCCUCUAUACCUUGCCAAUUGACAUUGGAGGAGGCCGUGAAGACAUCACAAAGUUCCGUGUCUCUGUGUUUGAGCGAGUCCGGCAGCCAAACCUCAUGGUGCUCCCUGCCCACGCGGAGCUCGGCCAGUGCAACGUUACCCUGUCCUGCUCCGUGCCUGGCGCUGACAGAGUCACCUACGGCUGGUCCCGAGGCACGUCCCGGAUCCCAUCUGACCGGGACCAUCAGCUCCAUGGGCACCAAUCCCUGCUGCACGUAGUGAUUAAUGCAAACAGCAGUGACGUCUUCUACCGAUGUAACGCUAGUAACCGAGCCAGCUGGGGCGCAGACACUGUAGACGGCAAAUCAUUGUGCGACUCCCCAGCCACAGGUUUCGCGAGCAGCCCAGCGAGCUAUUGCCAGGUGAAGGGGAUUCUCCUGCUGGUGUUGCUGGGAGCCCUGGUCACAGCCAUCGUCAUGGUGCACAUCCUCACCCGGGACAAAGAGAGGCUGGAUUGAGCCGAAGGGCCAGUGCAAGGAGCUUUCCUGGCUGCGUGGGGCGACGUCUGCAUCUGCAACGGGGUCUUUUCACUCCCCUACUGCAAACGGGAGCCGCAGCAGCACAGCUGUCGAUGGGCCUGGGUUUGGACCCUUCCCUGCUCCUUUGCCCUGCCAUGCUGGGGCUCAGCAUUCAGAGCCCCCUAAACCUGACUGCGAAUGGGCUGCCACCACCUCCUGGCUGGGCACGGGCUGCCGGUGCCCUGCCUCAGUUUCCCCAGUCUCAGUUUCCCCACCUGCUGGGACGGUUCAGCUGGCUCAGCUCUCUGGCUGGGUCAGUGCGGAAGCUCAGCCCCCUUCCAGGGUAUCACAGUCCAACCACACACAAGACAGAGGAGCUGCACACACAGCUUUGUCAUUGUGUAUUUUGACAUGCCAGGCUGACACCGUAAAUAGCCUUCAAUCACAUUCUAAUAUCUUCUGAAGCAGCAUUUUUCUUACCUGGCCUAGCU